GGCUGAUGAGGAGCGGCUGAGGGAGCUGGGGUUCAGCCUGCGAAGCUGGGUGCUCAGAUUCAGAUAACCUCCCACUUGCAGACGGAACAGGAAGUGUUCUGAAGAGCGGUAUUGCUGUUGCGUGACCACAGCGCGUUUCUGAGAGCGGGGACCCCAGACCUGGGCCUGGGGGUGCUUCCGGGGGGCAGUGUUUGAGAUGCUCAGCCUGGAUUUUGGGUGCCAACACGGAAUGAAGGCGGCAGUGGUGCUCACGGGGCAGCUCCUCCUCGUCUUCUUCAGCACGCAAGCAGCAUGGGUGCAGAAGGACCCGAUGCCCGCGGAGGGGCUCGUGGGGGGGGUGGCCUACCUCAUCCCUCCCACCCAAGGCUCCUUCCACAAAGUUGAGUGGCGCUACGGCAAAGACCUGAAAAUCGCCAUCCGUGAGAGCGGGGAGGAGGUCCGCUACCCCAAAGGCCCCUACAAGGGUCGCCUGGAACUCUUCUCCAACAACACCCUGAGGAUAGAGCACCUGCGGAAAAACGACAGCAACACCUACUGGGUGUAUACGGAGAACAGUGCGGGCACAGAGCACCGCGAAAGCAUCCAUCUGCAGGUGUACGAGGCGGUCCCCAAACCCACUGUGAGUUACACGGUGAAUAAGAGCAACCCGAAGAGCUGCAAAGUCACCCUGAACUGCUCAGUGGGACUGGAGGACGUCACCUACGAGUGGUUGGCCCCCAGCAGGGUCAUAUCAAACGGUGGCGGCGAGCUGUCCCUCUCCUUCAGCCCCUUGGAGGAAAACUACACCUGCGUAGCCAGAAACCCCGUCUCCUUCAACAGCUCCUGGCUGAUCCACAGGCACCCCUGCUCCUGGGAAGCUGAACCCUCUGCUGCCACAGCGUCCACCAAGACCAGCGUGCUGGUGUCCCUGGGAUGUCUCCUCCUCCUCCUCGCUCUGCCUUAAAGAUGCAUCACGGUUGAUGCCCGUCCUCCUCCCGCUGUCACAUUCCUGCUGCGGGUCGGUGCGGGUGAAGCGUUCAGAUCAGUGAGGGACCAUGGUUCUCCAGGAAUCCAUCACAUCCAGUGCCCAGGACACGUACUCCGGUGGCCCACGCGCUGUGCCACCACCUCAACCCUUGUGCUAUGCAACUGUGAUGUUUUUUUUUAUAGUUAUUCCAUUUCAUGACCACUGUCAGAGCUGGGAGGGCUACCAGAGAGCUGCAGCCUUUCUCCCUUCAAUAUUUGCCAAAACUUUCAGUGUUCUGUACGUGUUCAGUGGUGAUAUGUUGUCUCACUCGUUAUCGUGUCCCCACAAUGGCUGCCAAUUACUGUUGUGGGUUGAGGGUCUUCUGUCCCACCACAGGGGUGUUUGGUUGAGAUAAAGAGCAACUAAUUUAUGAGAGCUGGUGAAGGAAUACUACAGGAUAAAAGGGAUCAAGGGUAAUAAAUAAAACCAAGAGAGACGUGGCCUUCUAACCACGCUGUGGAAUGGUAGUACAGUCAGAGGAAGGCCUUCUUUGUGUCACUCCUUUCCUCCCGGAAAUCACACGGGAAUGACCAGAGCUGAUAGGAGCUGCAGCUCCCAGGAACCAGGAACCACAGCCCUCCCAGCCCUGACAGCUCAUUCCAGGAUGUCAUGAAUAAGGAACAUUGGCGAAAAACCACGAUGGCCAACAGGCACCGCUGUGUCUUUCACAACAGUGCUUUGAAAACACCAGCAACGCAAAUCAAUAAACAGACUCCUAACUGCUCAAAAA